AUGUCGUCAGUGCUGCCAGCACUUCUGCUUCGUCCUAUGAAGACCUCAAAGCUGCUGUUCUGCAACGCCUACAAUCUAGUGUCGAGGCGCCUCCAGGAGCUUCUGUCAAAAGAAGAACUUGGUGGUGAAAAGCCCACAGACCUUCUUCGCCGCAUGAAGAAGCUGCUUGGCGACAAGUACACCUCCUUCGACAAGGAACUCUUCUUACAGCUGUUCUACCAACGCCUGCCUCCUGACACUCAACGCUGCCUCUUCACUGUCAAGAACAAGCUCUCAGUAGACGAGCUUGCCACUCUCGCCGAUGAAUUCAUGGCUACCCUUCCACAAGGUCAACCAGCUGCAGUAGCCUCCAUCUCAGCAGAAGACGGUACCAAGCAACUUGUUGAGCUCGUCUCACAGCUUAGACUUGAAGUGAGAGAUCUUCGGAGAGAGGUCAGAGAACGCUCAUGCUCACGUUCGCGUUCUUCCUCCAAACACCACUUCCGGCGCCGCCAGCGUUCAAAGAGUAAGACGCCGGAGACUUCUAGUUUCUGCUACUACCAUGAAGAGUUCGGGAAAGACGCAAGAAAUUGUAAGGCUCCCUGUACCUUCGCCAAGUCUUUAAACCCCAACAGCGAGCACUAG